UUUUUGCGGCACGUUCAAAAUACAGUGGGAAGAUAGCAGGAUGUCGGACAAGGUCAUCCCUGUCCGAGUGGCAGUGCGCUGUAGGCCACUUAUCCCGAAAGAGGAAAAUGAGGGGUGUCAAGUUUGUGUCCAAUUUACCAAGGAUGAGCCUCAGAUCAUCCUCGGAAAGAUGAAGGCUUUUACCUAUGACUAUGUAUUCAGUCCCUGUAAUAGUCAGUCAGAGGUGUAUGAAAUGUCGGUUCACCCACUAAUUAAACAUGUAUUUAAAGGAUACAAUGCCACUGUGGUAGCAUAUGGCCAGACCGGCAGUGGUAAAACCUACUCCAUGGGAGGGUGUUAUGAGGAAUCUUUGAAGGAGGAGGAAGCAAUGAUGGGCAUUAUUCCUCGUGUAUUGAGUGAACUGUUUGAAGGCAUCCAGGCGAGACAGGAUUAUGAAUUUACCACUAAAGUCUCUUAUAUAGAGAUACACAAUGAAGAUAUCAAUGACCUUUUGUGUCCGCCAAACAAGAGGGAACCACUCUCGAUCAGGGAGGAUAUUGAUGGGGGAAUCAAGCUGCCAGGACUACAGGAAGUGGUGGUGGUGUCCUACAAGGAAACAAUGCAGUGUUUGACACGAGGUUCCCACAGUCGGACCACAGGAUCUACGGCCAUGAACAACACAUCCAGUCGUUCGCACGCCAUCUUCACCAUCACCAUUGAGCAGAAAAAGAGUGAUGAUAUGGAUGACUUCUGUAAGUCAAAAUUUUACUUGGUUGAUUUGGCGGGAUCAGAACGAGCCAAGAGGACUCAAGCUGAGGGGGAGAGAUUUAAAGAAGGAAUAAACAUCAACCGCGGCCUACUGGCCCUGGGUAAUGUCAUCAGUGCUCUGGGAGAGGAGGGCAGCAAGCGAAGCCAUAUUCCGUAUAGGGAUUCAAAACUUACACGCUUGUUACAAGAUUCACUUGGUGGAAAUAGCCAUACUGUGAUGAUUGCAUGUGUUAGCCCUGCCGACUCAAACAUGGAGGAAACACUCAAUACCCUACGUUACGCUGACCGAGCACGAAAAAUAAAGAACAAGCCGAUUGUCAAUCGGGAUCCGCAAACAGAAGAAAUAAUGAGACUGAAAUCCCUGGUACAGAAACUACAGCUUCAGUUGAUCGGAGGCGGUGUAACCUGUCCAGACUCAAUCUCUACCAUAAGUUCCUGCAGUAGUUCGACCAGCGUAGAGACAUCAGCAGAGGAACUCCGAGCACUCAUGGAAAAGAACAAAUUACUGGAGGCGGAGAAUGGGAAGUUGUCGACGGAGCUCACAAGAGCAGUGGACCAGAGUACAAAUAUGUGUGAGAAGGCUAUUAGAAUGGAAAUGAAAUGUGAUAAGCUCAAAACUCGUCUUCAGAACCUUAAAAAAGACACUGGACUUGACCUGGAAGUUCUCAGCUCCAGUAUUGACGUUGAGAGCAGCCCAGUCCUUAAAGAACAGCUAGAUAAACUGAAGGAUCUGGCUGAUAAGAUGAAAGCAGACUCGUCGGAGGAAGACAAGGACCUGGUGACAGAUGUAAUAUCAGAGGAAGAUGAGGAGGAGGAGGAUGAGGAGGGACAGGAGUGCACCCCAGAGACGCCCCAAAGCAGGGCUCUGUCUAACGAGUACGCUCUGCGGCAGGCCCGCAUGAAUCGUGAAUUGCUCGAGCUCAACAAGCUACUGGAGAAAAAGGAGCACCUGGCCUCACAGAUGAACAGAAGUGACCAACAUAUGGACGCAAUGAAAAAACAGUAUGAGACUGCUAUGAAAGAUUUGGAAAUUGAAGUUACUAUCCUCCAAAGAGAAAAAGACGAGAUGCAAUCGGCACUAGAUACUGCUCGUGUCAACUCUAAUGUUAAUAAAGUCGCUGAACAAAGAAGGAAAAGACUUAAAGAACUUGAGCAGCAGAUCUCUGACCUGAGGAAGAAAAUGAAUGAGCAAACGAGACUGUUGAAGAUGAAAGACUCCUCAGACAAGCAGGUGUCAAAAUUAAAUACAGAAAUACAGGACUUGAAGCAUCAUCGUGUAAAGCUGAUGAAACAGAUGAAAGAGGAAUCUGACACGUUCCGUAAAUGGAAACAGAAGAAAGACAAGGAAGUCUUACAGCUUAUGCAGAAGGACAGAAAAAGGCAAUGUGAGAUCGCAAAGCUUCAGAGAGAAAACCAAAAACAGUCCAGUGUUCUCAAGAGAAAAUCAGAGGAGGCUGCUGCAGCCAAUAAAAGGUUGAAGGAGGCACUGGCCAAACAGAAGCAGGUCCUAGCUGAGCGUAGUUCCAAGUUACAGCAGUCUGAUGCGUCGUCCAUUGGUAACAGAGUACGGACAUGGCUGAGUCACGAGUUUGAGAUCCGUGUGAGUAUCCGAGAGGCCAAAUACCACCUGGAAAGCCUACUCAAUGAUCGCAAAACUCUGUCUGAACAACUCCGCCAGCUUAAGGUGAAGAUAGGAGAGGAACCACCCAAAAAGAAAUUUGCGUGGGAGAAUUCAGACUGCUACAGAGUUGAGGGAAGCUUUGAAGAGGAAUCAACUAAGAACCAAAUCCAGGUUGUUGAACAAGAGAUCAAUUUGAGGAAUGCCCAAAUCUCCGACCUCCAGCAGAAAAUAGUUGAUGCUGAUCAAAACUGUAAAGGAAAAGCAACAUGGGAAAGCCUUCACACAAUGACAGAGGCCAAAUGUGGGAUGAAAUGGCUUUUAGAACAGGCUGUAACAUCUCGAGUAGAAGUGAACCGUGCACAAAGCGAACUUCGAGACUCACAAAUGAACCAUGUUGACAAGAAGGAGGAAAUAACGGCACUGGAGAAGGAAGUAGCAGCCCUGAAGAAAAAACAUGAUGCUGUUAUGACAGAGCUACAGAAAAAACAUGAGGAAAAGGUGCUGUACCUACUACAGCGAGUGAAGAAUAGCCCUGGGGAUGGAGAAUCUCAACAAACAUUACAAAUCCAGCAACAAGAAAUUGAAAAGCUAAGUACGUUACAUGAGGAGCUGUCCAAUAAGACUGAGGAAUGCAACAAUCUGAAAAAGCAACUGACCAAAGCUACGUACCAGCAUAGAAAUCUCUCCUUAUUGCCAGACAUCGAAAAUCCAGAAUCUUCUCCGUUCUUCUCUCCAGAAAUAAAGAGAAAAAAGAAACAAUCUGUGGCCCAGCAACCAAAGAAGAAGUCUAAUAGUCGACUGGUCACUUAUGAGGAGCAUGCUCUGGAUUGGGAACAGGACAACGAUGAAGAAAUUCCUACUGACGAUGAGAAUGACCCAGACUGGGUCAAAACACCAGUAUUUGUAAAGAAGAAAAGACCAUCGCGUAAAACAAUGAUACGAGAUUCAAAUAGACGCUCGAUAGAAGAUUUACAAAAUGACAUGUCAAACAAUACAACGACCUCGUCCCUAAACAGUACGUAUAAUCUGGAGGACAAUGCAGAGGCCAUGAAUCCUCCAGCUGCUGUAAAACCCAAGAAAGGCCGACAGCAAAAACGCAUCCUUGACAAUAUUACAAGCAACCAGAGUGUGAGGAGCUCUGAUGAAUUUGAAUCUUUACCGCAGAAAUCUCUCCAUGAGGACAGUGAAAUCAGCUCUUUGUCGAAAGGAGCAAAGCAGAAAAAGCGAAAGCUGCAUAGUGUUAGUAACAGUUUGUUUGCACCUUUGGUGUGAUUAAGAAGUAUAGUCUCGUUAGACCUCUACCCAUAAAGCUGUUGGUUUCCAGAUACCUCAUUUGAAGUUUUGCUGCUUUUCUAUGCCAUGCUUUUGAAAGGCCUGCAUUAUGAUUAGGGUAGAGUUUACCCAUACACAGAAUGUUUUUAAAACUCUUUAUGGACUUGUCUUUAUCAUUAGACGAACAUGUGAUCAUUGCGUGCCAGUAUUUCCAUAUUGGAUCCAAGAUUUCAAUGUCAUGUUGUUAAUGAAUGUUACAGAUAUUUCAUUUGAGUUUCUAUAGAAAUCAAGAAGUAAAAAUGAAGACUAGCAUGGCAACCAUGCUUUUCCUGAAGAUAUGAAGGAUUGUGACUCUUGUCGAUUGAUGUAUUGACAAAGAAAACAGUUUUACAGAGCAACCAGCUUGCCACUUGAUCAACACUACUUUAUUUCAAGCAUUGCCUUGCUUCACAUUGAAACUAGCCAGUUUCAUAUGUCCCAGCCAUGUGACUUGACAUUCAGCUAACCAAACAGUCACUGUAAAAUUGGAUACAAUAGUUUGUGGUGCAAUAAUGUUAGAAACAGCUCAGUAGUUUGGUAAAAGUUUAGAAUCUACUAGAAAUCUUGUUUGAUUGAUAAAUUGUAAAACAAGAGGCUCAAAGGGCCUGUAUCACUCACCUGGUUUAUUUGAGCAAACAUCAAAGUAAUUAUGUUCCAUUUGUUAAUAGCUUCAU